AUGAAGUUCCAUGCAGUCCUGAGACUUUACCUUCUUCUCGUGCGAUCCUCUUCAACAUACUUGCGAUCGCCAAAGGUAGCAGAAGCACAAGCUCACCACCUGGCGAAGGAUGGCGCCUUCAGCAGCCUUGUCAAGAAUCCCGAGCUUGACAAGGUGACCAACGUCUCGCUGGAUGUGGAGCCACCGCCGACGCUGAAUUUCUUGUUUAUGGCCUUGGACAAGCUUCCACACAAGACGAUCUGGGAGCGCUUCUUCCAGAACAGAGGCACAGGAGGAGGCGCUUUCCGUGCAUUGGUGCACUGCAAGAACGAGAACAGUUGCCAAGAUGAUCUCAAGGAACAUCCGGUCUUCAGCUUGAUUGAAACGGUUGAGACAGAGUAUUGCUUCGGCCUUGUCGCUGCCAUGAACAAGCUUUUGCAAGCUGCAAUAGACGCAGGGACAGGGCAGCGUAACGACAAGUUCGUUUUUGUGUCCGAAACGACGCUGCCCGUAAAGCCUUUUCAAUUCGUAUACCGGCAUUUGACUGCCGACGACGACUCCCAUUUCUGUUUCUUCCCCGUACAUUGGCUGCGGUGGAGCGAAGAUGACUCGGCCGGAAACAUCUUCGCCGGUUUCACAAGCUGGCUUGCAGCAAUCGAAGACGACCUGUUUCCCGUCGAGCACAGGGGAACAGAGCGGCUGGCUCCAAAGCACCAUCAGUGGAUGGUCUUGAGCCGGAGACACGCGUUGCUUGCGAUUCGAAGGGCACUGAUGUUCCCUCAACUGUUGUCCGACUUGGGGGUGAACCAUCCAGGGAAAGCUUCCGGAUGCAGUGAUGAGUUUUGGCACUUCAACACGUUGUACGACGGUGUCAACGUUACUGAUCUUACAGCAGCAUCGCUUGUGCACUUAGAUGGCAUCGCCAACGGAGACCUCCGGUAUGAUGCCCACGAGCCACAGGGACAAUGCGACACAUUCGUGUACUGGCAGUCCAAGGAUGAUGGCGCAGCUGGCCCUGCAAAGAGCUUGGGGCGGAGGCUUGAGGCGGAUGCCUUUACCCACCUGUCCCACAAGGCCGGGUGUUUCGUGGUGGUAUCAGUUUUGUAUCGGUGGUUGUGUGUGAGCUUGUGUGUGUGUGUGUGUGAGUGUGUGACCCUGUGUGUGUGUGUGUGA